UACACCGGACCAUAGACUAAUUAGUGAAUGAACAGAAUAAGACAGAAGGCUUGGAAGCUUCUGCAUUAUAAAGAAAAAAUUCUCAGUCUAAUUAUGAGUGAGCCUGAAUUCACUAAAGUUUCGCAUGACUUCUGGAAGACAAAAUGGGAUACAGGAAAAAUCGGAUUUCAUAGAUCACACGUGGAUACGUUAUUGGAAAAGCAUAAAGAUACACUCAUCAAUGGCCGAGAGAAUAUAAAGAUUUUCUUUCCGUUAUGUGGAAAGGCCUUAGAUAUGAGACACAUAUGGGACCUGGGGCAUACCAUUAUAGGUGUGGAAUCAGUCAGAAGUGCCCUGGAGGACUUUUUUGAGGAGCAGUCUAUCAAGUAUACAGUUUCUGAUCUGUCAGAGGGGACAGGUACUCUUUUCAUCAGUGAAGACAAGAGAAUAAAAUUAUAUUGCUGUGAUCUUUUUGAAUUCAACAGGGAGUGUGAGGGGUUAAUGGACGCUGUCUGGGAUAGGGGUUCAAUGGUGGCCAUUAAUAGAGAGGACAGACAGCGGUACGCAGAAUUUCUCCUAAAUCUUCUGUCGCCCGAUUGUCGUUAUUUGUUAGAGACACUGGAAUAUGACGAGACUAAGUAUCCAGGACCACCAUUUUAUGUCCCAGAUCAACAAAUUUACGAACUGUUUGGUGAAAAGAUGAACAUUACCAAGCUAGAGAGAGUCGACGCCUUUGAAGAAAGACACAAAGCAUGGGGAAUAGACAGUUUACAGGAAAACUUGUUCUUAUUGACUUUGAAGUGAAAUGAUAUACUAUUGCAAUGGAACCUUAACAAAAGAAAUACAUUUGAUGUAUACAAAAUUUUGUAUGUUGCUAAAAUUGUUUUCAGUGAAGCUACAUAUAUUCUGUGUAAUCAGGAAUUCUGCUCAGGAGAUUGUGUCAUUGUAAUUAGUUUCUACUUUUUGGUACCAUAUAAAGGCUUAUGUAGACAAUCUCGAAUAAAUUUUGUUAGCAGUUAUUGAAAUUCUUA